CCCAAAGGGAGCUGGCCUUCCCCCUUCGUGCUCCUGUGCUGGGGACCCAGGGCGCCAGCACCCACCCCGCCCCAGCCAGUGCUUCCCUCCAGGCCUAUGGGGACGCUGGUGGCCAAGCUACUCCUGCCCACCCUCAGCAGCCUGGCCUUCCUCCCCACUGUCAGCAUCGCGGCCAAGAGGCGGUUCCACAUGGAGGCCAUGGUCUACCUCUUCACCCUGUUCUUCGUGGCGCUCCACCAUGCCUGCAACGGACCCGGCUUGUCUGUGCUGUGCUUCAUGCGACACGACAUCCUGGAAUACUUCAGCGUCUAUGGAACAGCCCUGAGCAUGUGGGUCUCGCUGAUGGCACUGGCCGACUUCGAUGAGCCCAAGAGGUCAACAUUUGUGAUGUUCGGCGUCCUGACCAUUGCUGUGAGGAUCUACCACGACCGCUGGGGCUACGGGGUAUACUCAGGCCCCAUCGGCACAGCCAUCCUCAUCAUUGCGGCAAAGUGGCUGCAGAAGAUGAAGGAGAAGAAGGGCCUGUACCCAGACAAGAGCGUCUACACCCAGCAGAUAGGCCCCGGCCUCUGCUUUGGGGCGCUGGCCCUGAUGCUACGCUUCUUCUUCGAGGACUGGGACUACACCUAUGUCCACAGCUUCUACCACUGUGCCCUGGCCAUGUCCUUUGUUCUGCUACUGCCCAAGGUCAACAAGAAGGCUGGAGCCCCGGGGGCCCCGGCCAAGCUGGACUGCUCCACCCUGUGCUGUGCUUGUGUCUGAUGCUGCGCCCAGCCCGGCUCUGAGCCCCUGCCCUCCCCAGCUCACGCUUG